AUGAGUUCGAGGGGCAGUGUAUGUUACAAAUGUAACCAACCGGGUCAUUUUGCUCGAGAAUGUCCAGACGGUGACGGUGGCGGUGGUCGUGGUGGUUAUGGAGGUGGACGAGGUUCGUACGGCGGUGGAGGUUCCUAUGGAGGACGAGGUGGUUCAUAUGGUCGAGGUGGAGGAGGUUAUAGUAGCGGUAGCGGCGGUGGUUCAUUGUAUGAUAGAUCAGGUGCCCGUUGUUUCCGUUGCAACCAAUCCGGCCAUUUUGCUCGUGAUUGUCCAUCGGAUAGCAACCAAGUUAUAUGCUACAAUUGCAAUCAACCAGGGCAUAUAAGUCGCGAUUGCAAUGAAUCCCGUUCAAACAAUUAUGGUGGAGGUUUCCGUGGCAGUCGGGGUGGAGGUAAUAGUGGUGGCAGCGGCGGAGGUAGCUGUUAUCGAUGCUCAAAACCAGGCCAUUUUGCUCGCGAUUGUCCUGAACCUGACACACGUGGUGGUCCAGGUGGAAGUAAUUCGGGAAAUCAACAAGGCGGAGAUGAUAAUGGUGACAACUGA